AGCAGCCAAUCCGGGCGGCGGGGAGCGGCGGGAGGCGAGCGGGCCCGCGUGCCGCGCCGCCGAUAAAAGGCGGCGCCGGGGGGGCGUGAGGCUCAGUCGCUGCUGACGCGCACGGCGGACGCACGCACACGAGGGGAAGAGCGCGCCAGCUGUCGCCCCCGCCCGUCCCACGUCCCCGACACAGCCGCCCCCUGCUCGCCGCCGCCCCCUCCCCCUCGCUCGCCCGUGCCGCGCCAUGAAGACUAAGUUCUGCAACGGCGAGUCCGACCCUUCCCCGCUUGGGCUCCUCCUGGGCUGCAGCUCUGCCACCGGGCAGCCGCCCUCGCCGCUAGUUCACGCCGACCCCGAGGGGAAGGACCCCGUCGCGGCGGGCAGAGGCGCCGCCACCCCGCCGCCGGCGCCUGAGGAGGAGCCGCCGCUCGAUCCGCGGACGCGGCGCAAGGCGUAUCUGUGGUGUAAGGAGUUUCUGCCCGGGGCCUGGCGAGGGCUGCGGGAAGAGCAGCUGCGCAUCAACCCCAUCAGAGGUGGCCUCAGCAAUAUGCUGUUCCAGUGCUCUCUGCCCGACAGCCUGGAGCCGGUGGCAGACGAGCCGCGGAAGGUGCUGCUGCGCUUGUACGGUGCCAUCCUGCAGAUGAGGUCCUGUAAUAAAGGAGAGUCUGUACAGUCUCAGAAGGAAAAUGACUUGCAAGGGGCAGAAGCCAUGGUUCUGGAAAGUGUUAUGUUUGCCAUCCUGGCAGAGAGAGCUCUUGGCCCCAAGCUGUAUGGAAUCUUCCCCCAAGGGCGACUGGAGGAGUUCAUUCCUAGCAGGAAGCUCAGCACUGAGGAGCUAACUCUGCCUGACAUAUCUGCUGAGAUAGCUGAGAAGAUGGCAAGGUUUCAUGGCAUGAAAAUGCCAUUCAAUAAGGAACCUAAAUGGCUUUUUGGAACAAUGGAGAAGUACCUAAACCAAAUGCUGAGGGUUAAAUUUACCAGAGAAUCCAAAACUAGGAAGCUGAACAAACUCCUGGCUUACAACCUCCCCCAGGAAAUGAAGAAUCUAAGAGCCCUGCUUGAAGCCACUCCAUCCCCAGUUGUGUUUUGCCACAAUGACUGCCAGGAAGGUAAUAUCUUGCUGCUGGAAGGCAGAGAAGACUCAGAGAACCAGAAGCUGAUGCUCAUUGACUUUGAGUACAGCAGCUACAAUUACAGAGGGUUUGACAUUGGAAAUCACUUCUGUGAGUGGAUGUAUGAUUACACCUAUGAGAAGUAUCCCUUCUUCAAGGCUACUGCUCUCAAAUACCCUUCCAAGAAGCAGCAGCUUCACUUCAUCUCCAGUUACCUGUCUGCAUUCCACCAUGGCUUUGAGAACCUGAGCCACGAGGAGAAGUCCAAGCUAGAAGAGGAGGUGUUCAUAGAGGUUAACAGGUUUGCCCUUGCAUCACACUUCUUCUGGGGCCUCUGGUCCAUUAUACAAGCCAAGAUCUCAUCCAUCGAGUUUGGCUACCUGGAAUAUGCACAGGCCAGGUUUGAUGCCUACUUUGAUCAGAAGAGGAAGCUGAAGGUCUGACCAGGAAGGAGCAGCCUGUUGGUUCCUGUACGAGGAGGGCAGCUGGACAGAACUGACACUGUGCUUAGGCUACUGUAUCUCUAACUCCAGUCCCUUGGAAUGCAGCUGCACAGUACUGGGGACUGGGCAGGAAGGACUCAGUUACAGUUGCCUAAACACUUGGAGUGAGCCUGGGAGGUGAAAGUUCAACAGUGCAAUAUCUUUCAAUCUCUUUUCUUUUGGCUCUAGAAGGUGUUUUGCAUUCUGGGGCAAGCUUUCCAACCAAGUGUCAGUGCAAAACAGUGUUGCUGGCAGGACAUCUUCUGAGGUGGGGUUGCUAAGGAUGGUUCACUCUGGACACCACCACCUUAAAACCAGAGAGGGUUAACUGUUAAAGCUGUGAAGUAGGCUUCAGACCUUACUGUGAGAUUUUAGGCCCCUUGAACACUAUCUUCAAAGCUGCUGCUAAGUUUAGACCACUUUACCCAGAAAGCAACUGAACACCUUGGAGCAGAGUGGCUGGAGAGGGUCACCCCCCACACACACACAUGAAUGUUUCUCUCUCGAGCUGCUGUGCCUGCCAAGUGUCAGUGAGCUUUGAACUGGACCUUCUGAAGGACCUUCUCAUUCCCUGUCCUUCAAGAAGAUGCUUUCUUUCGCCCUGGUUGUCUCUUACAAUGCUCUGUCCUGCACAGGGAGGUUCUGUGUGCUGACAGCACUGGGAAGAGUGCCUUGAAUUGCUCUAGCAGCUGCCCAGCUGAGUGGGUUGGCAGUGACAGCAGCUGUGCUUGCAGCCCACCUCUUCUCCUGUUGCCACAGUAGCUGGCUGUAAAGUGGUAGAGCCAAAGACUGUGGAGAACAGGGCAGCAGGGAGCUGUGCUGCCCACCCACUGCUUGGGAAGUGCUUUCCUUGCUCCUUCAGCAGGUUGCAGCCAUCCCAGAGGAGUGGAGGAGCAACCUGUGAGGAACAAGAGCUGUGUAUAUUGAAACUGGAGUACAAUCCCUGCCCAUCUCUGCAGAGCUGGGGGCAGCUUGUUUCUUCUGAAUGUUCUUUGUGCUUUCUAACACUGUAUCAUAAAGAAUAAACAUCUUAAGUCUACCUUUA